GUCCAGCAGGGGGCCCCCGCCCUGUCAGGCUGUGUGUAUGUGUGUGAGUGCGGUGUGUGUGUGGGCGCCGCUCGGACUUGUUGUUGGUGAAAGUUUUUCUGGGAGGGAAGAGGCGGCGGAGUGGUCGGUGUGAGGCGGCGGAGAGCCGGCGGGGAGCCGGGGCUGUGCUGGGAAGGACAUGUGCGGGUGACGGUGUGUGUGUGAGAGACUCUCCGGCCUGUAUGCGGCUCUAGUUGUCGGGGUGCCGCCUGUGUGAGUGUCGCUGACCCGUGUCCCCCUCCGCUGUCUCCCGCUGGCGGGCCCAGCUGUCUAUGAGCGCCCCCCCGGUCAUCCGGCCGCCCAGCCCCGCGGGCCCCGGCCUCUCCCUCCAGAUUCAGAUUGGCCUGAGCCGGGAGCCCGUCGUCCUGCCCGAACCCGGGGAGCUGAGCCUGGGGGCCGUGCGAGAGAUGGCCUGCUCCAUCGUGGACCAGAAGUUUCCAGAAUGUGGAUUCUAUGGGAUGUAUGACAAGAUCCUCUUAUUCCGCCAUGAUCCAAACUCGGAAAACAUUCUGCAGUUGGUUAAAUCUGAGGCAGAUAUUCAAGAGGGAGAUCUCAUUGAGGUGGUGCUUUCAGCUUCAGCAACGUUUGAAGAUUUCCAGAUCCGUCCUCACACUCUCUAUGUCCAUUCGUACCGCGCUCCAGCUUUCUGCGACCACUGUGGAGAGAUGUUGUGGGGUUUGGUGAGGCAGGGCCUCAAGUGCGAAGGAUGUGGUCUUAACUAUCACAAACGAUGUGCUUUCAAGAUACCAAACAACUGCACUGGGGUGCGGAAACGACGGUUAUCAAAUGUGUCGCUGACCGGGUUAUCAAGCAUACGCACUGUGUCUUCUGAGGCAGUCUCCUGCACCUUGGAUGAGCCGCUGCUGCAAAAAUCACCAUCAGAGCCUUUCAUGCGGGAGAAGAGGACCAGUACCCAACCCUACGGUGGUCGCCCCAUACAGUUGGACAAGAUCCUACUUACCAAGGUCAAAGUGCCUCACACCUUUGUUGUCCACUCAUACACUCGACCAACAGUAUGCCAGUAUUGCAAGAAAUUGUUAAAGGGCCUUUUCCGGCAAGGACUACAAUGCAAAGACUGCAAAUUCAAUUGCCACAAACGGUGUGCAACUAAAGUGCCUCCCAAUUGCCUUGGGGAAGUUGCAAUAAAUGGAGACUUGCUGAGCCCCGGAGCAGAUGAUGUUUUAAUGGAGGAGUUGAGUGACAUUGAGAGUGACCCAGUCUGUUCGAUGGAUGACAUUGAUGAGCCUCUAACACCAGACAGUGGAAGUGGAUGCCAGAGUGAGAACGGAGACAUGCAGGACCCCGACCAAGAUCAAGACACAUCGGACCGUAUGAUCAGCCCCUCAGCCAGUAAUAACAUUCCUUUGAUGAGAGUGGUUCAGUCUGUCAAACACACAAAGCGGAAAAGCAGCAGUGUUAUGAAGGAAAGCUGGAUGGUGCAUUACACCAGUAAAGAUACUAUGUUAUGGCAGAGAAAAAGGCAUUACUGGAGACUGGACAGCAAGUGUAUAACCCUAUUUCAGAACGAUACUGGAAGCAAAUACUACAAGGAAAUCCCCCUUUCUGAGAUACUCUGCCUGGAACCUGCUAAAAACCUUUCUUUGCUUCCUCCCGGUGCAAAUCCUCAUUGCUUUGAAAUUACGACUGCUAAUAUUGUAUAUUAUGUGGGGGAAAGUAUUCCUCCACUGACCGUGCCUGAGACAGGAAAUAAUAGCGUGGUGAACAGCGGUGUGGGAAUGGAAGUGGCACGAAUGUGGGAAAUCGCCAUACAGCAUGCACUGAUGCCAGUCAAUCCUAAGGGAGCAAAUGGAGCAAGUAGCCAACACCGUGAUGUUUCCACCAGCAUCUCCGUGUCUAACUGCCAGGUGCAAGAAAAUGUGGAUAUUAGUUCUGUAUAUCAGAUUUUUCCAGAUGAGGUUCUUGGAUCAGGACAGUUUGGUAUUGUAUAUGGAGGAAAGCAUCGGAAGACAGGCCGAGAUGUGGCAAUAAAAAUAAUAGAUAAACUGCGUUUUCCUACUAAGCAGGAAAGCCAGCUAAGGAACGAAGUUGCUAUAUUACAGAAUCUGCAUCACCGUGGGGUUGUAAACUUGGAGUGUAUGUUCGAGACUCCAGAAAGAGUGUUUGUAGUAAUGGAGAAGUUGCAUGGUGACAUGCUUGAAAUGAUCCUGUCCAGUGAAAAGGGAAGGUUACCUGAGCGUAUCACCAAAUUCCUGGUUACACAGAUAUUGGUAGCACUUCGACACCUUCACUUCAAAAAUAUUGUGCACUGUGACCUGAAACCGGAAAAUGUGCUGCUUGCUUCAGCAGAUCCCUUUCCUCAGGUUAAGCUGUGUGAUUUUGGCUUUGCACGUAUCAUUGGAGAGAAGUCUUUCCGACGCUCAGUGGUUGGGACUCCAGCUUAUUUGGCCCCAGAGGUUCUGAGAAACCGAGGCUACAACAGAUCUCUAGAUAUGUGGUCUGUCGGGGUAAUCAUUUAUGUCAGCUUAAGUGGAACGUUUCCAUUUAAUGAGGAUGAAGACAUUCAUGACCAGAUCCAGAAUGCAGCCUUUAUGUACCCCCCAAAUCCCUGGAGAGAGACGUCCUCUGAUGCUAUUGACCUCAUUAAUAACCUGCUGCAAGUAAAGAUGAGGAAACGCUACAGUGUGGACAAAACCCUCAACCAUACCUGGUUACAGGAUUACCAAACCUGGCUGGAUCUGCGUGAACUGGAGUGCAAGAUAGGGGAGCGUUACAUCUCCCACGAAAGUGAUGAUCUCCGCUGGGAGGCAUACGCCGAUGAGCACUGUAUCCCGUACCCUCCCCACCUCCUUCCCCAACCAUCCAUUGAUCCUGAGGAUGCAGAGAUGAGAGCUUUGGGGGAGAGAGUCAGUAUUCUCUGACACAGCUAAACUGUUUCACACUAUGUUAUCCUCCAAUAAAAGAACAAUAGGGAAAGGGGAUGAAAAACAGAUGUUAGAUAUUGAUUGUACAGUAUUCAUCGAUCCAUUCUGGCUGUGUGCAUCACUCUGCAAGUCUGUAAAAUACCUCUGGGCUGUAUCCCUCUCACCAACCUCUCUAAUGCAUUCUUUCACAAGAGCCUAAUGGGGGACAGCAGUGCAGAAGGGGCAUCCCUUAUAAGCUGAGGACACUUGGAGCCUUAUGGGAUAGACUUUGUUGUAGUCACCAUUCCAUUUUUUAUUUUGUUCUUUCAUUACAUUGUAAGCUCUGAGCUGAUUGUCAAACCUGCAAGGCAUUGUGGUCCAGCUCAGGUCAACUGCAUUUUAAUGUUUGAUCAGAAAAUUUCAUUUUAGCACAGCGUGUGUGAAUAAAAUACAAAUCAUCUCUCUGCGCACACAAGCACGCCUCAAAUUUACAUUAAAAUGAUUGGGAAAUAUUUACUUUCUCAUGAAAACAAAAAGGGAACCGAACCCUGUCUGUUUUAUUGAUGGGGAUUAGAGCUGCAGUCAGCUGGGCCUGUUUUCUAGUCACUCCAUAAUGUGUUGCAGGCACAAUCUUCAGCUCUGGGGGAAAAUCCUGUUGGUCACAUAUGUAUGUAUUUUUUUUUUCUUUUUUUUUUUUUAUCGUAAACUCCAGAGGAAGCUGUGUGUUAGUUGUAUUUAAUUUGUAGCCUGAAGGAUGACCUAAAAGUUCUUUAUUGUAAGGUUAAAUAAUGUGUGAGGUCAGCAGAGGUCACAGCGAACAUCAUAGCCCAGGGCUUGGCUGAUCAGAGCAAUGAAGAUGAGAUAUUUCGAGGCUCUGUAUAACUGGGCGCCUGGCUGUUGUGUCUUUUAAACCACAACGUGUACGGCUCACUCUCUCUACUGACAGAAUUUAUCAAAGACCAGUGCUCUUUUUUUUUAGGGCAUUUAAAUUUAGGUUUUUCUGGCUUCACCUCACGUAGCCCUUGGUUUGGUUUUUGUCCUCCAGUUUUGCUUAAUUAUAUAAAAAGAAAGUUACUAAUAUUUUUUAUAAAGGUCAAAUACAGUGUAUUUUAGCAUCUUUUCUCAGUAUGUUCCAUAUUAUACUCCUCUGGCAGAUUUUAGACUAUAUUCUUACAUUUCUAUCCUAAAUAAAACCAAAAUACUGUGUUAUUACUUUUU